AUGUUCAAAUGCAUCGACUGUGACAAGGUCUACAAGACCCGCACGUCACUCACUCGGCAUGCCCACAACCACGCUUCUUCACCCGCAUCUCACGCAUGUCAGACUUGCGGCGUUGUGUUCGCACGCCGGGACAUCUUGAAUCGCCACGUGAGCAACGGCCAUUGCUCCGCAUCUACCGCUGGCAGAGCGAGAACACAUACGGCCUGCGAAGCGUGUCGAGCUGCUCGGAUCAAAUGCGAUGGCCAAGACCCUUGCCGAGCAUGUGUUGGUGCUCGUAAGGGAUGCAAAUAUCCUCUCAAAACAGGCCGCAUCAGUCACGCCACGAGGCCUUACAAGGCUUCGAAUACAGGCGAGAACGUCAUGCUCGAGGAAUAUGGUCGGGAUGUCUCUGUGGGCUCAACGCCUGGUAAUGGCAACCCGUUCUCUCCACCGCAACCCACUCCUAGAGAAUCCAUGGAGAUGGCAUUGGAGAUGGAAGAUGUGAAGAACGAGCAAGUCCUAAGUCCUACUGGAGAUGUCGACAACACCGCUUGGCCUUGGUUGCACGAGAAGAACUUCAUUCCCCAGACGGGACGAUCUAGCAGACAUGGCAAUGGCCACAGAAAGCAGCAUCUGCCGGUAGCUGUUGAUACUACGAACGGCACUGGGCCAGCCGUAGAGACAUCGCCUGCUUCUUCCUUCGCAGCCACCAGUAGCUUCCAAGAUUCUCUUACGCCACUUGCAAAUGUCGUCGAGAAUCUAGUUGCGUAUGCUGCAGCUUCGGCCUAUACCCCGGAUGACAGGAACACUCGCAGGCGUUACUGGGAGUCUAUCUCGCUUCAACUGGCAGACAUAUUUGGGGUGAUCAAAGAGCACUCUUCCGCCGCCUCAAGACGAACCUUAUAUGAGCUAGUUGAGAUCUAUCUGGGCAAGUUCAACGUGCUUUGGCCUCUCCUCAACUAUGAGCAGCUUGAUCCCGACAAUCACCACCCCGUGCUAUUUCUGACAGUGACCUCAAUCGGUGCUAUGUUUGGUCAUGCACUCCAACGGCAAUACGGAACAUUGAUGCAUAAACGCUUACGUCGACUGCUAGCGGCCAGUCUUUACGAUCUGGAAGGCACGGAUGACGAGAUGGUAUGGCUGGCGCAAGCUCGGCUCCUGACCCAAGUAGCAUCGAUGUACUUUGGGCAACAUCAAGGCUUCUCUUAUGCACAGCAUUUGGCUGCCAUCACAAUAGCACAACUGCGCCGCAUGGACUUCAUGCGUGAGCCCAUCCCGAAUAACCUCGUCCGACUUUCAUCAUCGAGCCCAGAGGAAGAGCUUGCACGAUAUCAGGUCUUCGAGACUCGGCGGCGAAUCGCUUUCGGUAUCUUCAGGACGGAUAUCUACACGAGUGUUCUACUUUCGACAAGACCAAUCAUGACCUCGGAGGAAGUCAAGCUGACCUUUCCAAGACCGGAUAGAUUAUGGCUGAACGCUGACAAUCUGGCUCCAGAAGAUCAACUUCAGGCAUACCGCACCGAGGAUGCUAAGACUUUGCAGAUGCCAUUCUCUGACCUCGUGCGGAUCUUCUUUGAGCGGCAGGAAGCAAAGCCGACUCUCGGUCCUGUCGGGUACGAACUUGCGCUGUUUGGUCUACAAGAGUGUGUCUGGAGAUUCUCGCAGGAUCCGGAAUUGUUCCCAAGGCUGACUGGCGAGUGCUUAGCUGUUACUGAGCCGAAUGUGGCCACGGGUCUCCUCGCAAACACACAGCCUACAAACGGAAAUGUCAUAACUGGCAGUACCGGCUUCUGGUCUCGAGGAAUGUACGAUCUGCACACGGAUCGAGCGAGACUGCUGCAGGCUCUCGAGACUUGGUCGCAAGCCGUGCAGCAAGCGAUAGAGAUUGGCGCGUUUGCGAAGCAUCGAGACACGCUCAUGAGCAGUAUGCUUCUGUAUCGGCUGAGCAAGCUACGACUUUGCGCGCCUCUAGAGAAUUUGCAUCAUAUCUCGUACCGAGCAGAUCAGCCCAAGACAGUGGACGCUCACAUCCAUCAGAAAGUGGGAGCCUGGACAGUAAGCAAAUUCGCACAAGAAGCAGCGCAGGAAGCGUGGGAUGUCAAGACUUUGAUUGAGUCGGAACUCCAGAAGCCGAGAGAAGACAGGGCACGCUUCAACUUCCUCGCAUUCUGCAGUCUGCACCAUGCUGCAGUGGUACUUUGGACCGUCGCUGGCUGUGAAGAAAACCGGUCAGAGGCUAGUGCUUACCAGGUUCCGAACUCCGCCAUCGACGAGUUCCUCAAGAAUUGUUCCAAUCUCUUCAGCCAACUCAGCCCGCUUGGUAGCAACUCCUUCGAAGCUGCAGCUCAUAGAUUGUGUAUGUUCCGCUUUCCACGCCAGCAACGCGCUGCUCCCUGA